CUUUCUACGUUCUCAACCUUUUCCAUUCAUCAUAACACGACUUCUUCUCUACACACAACAUCUACACACUCUCACACCCUACACGACAAGCUUGGUUCGAGCUUCCAACCUCAUCAUCAAAGAUGGCCUUAGUACCCUACACUCAGCGAGAGCUGAAUGAGUAUAUCCGGAUGCCUAACGAACCUUCAGCUAAGGAGUUCCACUUCUUCAACAAGUUGCCUUACGACUUACGUCAUAAAAUCUGGGAGUUCUCCAUCUCGCACUAUCGACACGUCAAGGUUUUCUUUGCCAAUAAGGAAACCGAUGACAACGACGACCAACAAGAUGAUAAGAUCACCGACAUCAAGGACGAAACGCCAUAUGAGAUCUUCAUCGAAGUGAACUCAACUUUCCAUCCGCUUUUAUACACUUCAUCAGAGUCCCGCGCCGUCGCGAAACUCUUUUAUCGAGUCCAGCUACCUUGCCGUCGCAUGGAUUACGAUGGGAGCUAUGAAGGCACUAUCUUCUUGUGUCCCGAGCUGGACACCAUUGAAGUCGACACGCCCAAGUCGCUUCAACACUUCGGUCACUUUGCUGACGAUGUGUUCACCACGGAUAGACACCAUAUCGGAUUGGUCAACCUGGCCAUCCAGUCCCAAUUCGUGCACACGGCUGGGCUACUUCCCCUUGAUGACGCACAUGAACGGACUCUUUUCACGAACGCGAUCCAGAGAUUGGAGGUUCUCGUCAUUGUACAGAAAGCGGCUAAGCCUGAACUUUUAAUGUACGGAAGUGACCUUCGCAUCAUCAACUUGUCGCCUCGCUUGGUCGCGACCCGUAUUGAGACAGAAGAAUUCGAUCGAGGUUCUUUUGACCGUGAUUCUCGCAUGUACGAACGCGAACUGAAGGCCGUCCACAUCGGCAAGGAGGACCCACGUCGGGGAUAUUACUCCUUCUGCAAUAUGAUGGAUGAACUCAAGAUUCCGGUAGACGACUACGUCUUCAAUUUGACUGAUGAGCUUUUUAUGCUCACGUACGACGAUGCGCAGGAGCAGGGGCAGCACCAGGGACCGCCCCCUGCGAUCGGAUUUUGGACCUUUCCGCUGGCCAGUAUUGGGCCUUUUUUCUUUGGAGACCUCAACCCAUUGACUGGCCUCCCAGAUGACGAAUGGGAGGGAAAGAUGUGGCAAGACCGAAAAAAGAUGAAUGGAAACGUCGGCUCUAGCUCUAGGAAGAAAAUUUCCUUCCAUUUCUUACCUGCGAUAACAACAGAGCCCAACAGUCGCCGUGAGGUUGAGCUCCGACAAUCAAGUGCCAGGUCACAUCUCGCCAAAUCCAUGCAUCGUCGUAAAAGAGCUAGCGAGAAACUUUCAUCGGAGCAAGAAGAUACCGACUCAAACAUGACCGGCCAGGGUAUGGUGAUCGUGGAGAGGAGCACUAAGAGAAAUGCCAGACCGCUUCUGCUUACCUCUGGACAACUCAGCAUGUGCGUUAUCCCCGACAAGAUAGUGGAUCCGCACACCAAGAUGCUGCUUCACUACUGUACACAAUCUUUCUGGCCAGGAUUCGAGAUCGGGUCAGCCGCAUUUCAUAUUCCACCAUUUGCACUCGACUACAACACUCUUGUUGCUCAAGGUCCAGCGUUGGUGCAUGCGUGCCUUUGGCAAGCUGCUGUGAACCUCGCAUUCAAGAGAGAGUCGCGGGUUAUCGAUAGAAAGAGCUUGAUGCACUAUAAUCAAGCCAUUGCGCAUAUCUCGAAAGACCUCUCUAAGCCAAUAUCAGAGAUUCCUGAACAGACUCUUUAUGCCAUUCUUAGUCUCUGCGGUCCCGAGAUGUCACCAGACGAUGGAAGUGGCAUCACGAAGAGAGCAUUUGACCCACCGUUAGCGGAGCUAUCUUGGAUUCAUGUCUUUGGCAGCAGACUUCUCAUCGAUUCGCACGCCAAGGCCUUGAUGGAUCUGGUGGAUUUGAAAGGAGGCAUUCACAAUGUCAAGUACGCGGGAUUCCAAGCUUCCUUCAACUACAUGGACCUUGUACGCGCCACCCAAAAACUUGUAAAGCCUCACUUUCCGGUAUCUCAACUCUACGGUCGUGUCAAAGAGACCCACGAUAGGGCCAAGUUCUUCGGUUACGCUUCUGACUUCGUCGGACAUUCUCCCUUUGAGGGAUCAUCAGGUACAAUUGACAGGCUUAGUGAGCUCGGUUUAGCAGAAGAUAUCAGAGAAGUAAUCUGCGACAUGCGAGUAUGGGUCAAAGUCAUAGAGGCGCAUCAACAGAAUGCUUUAAGAAACCCUGAUCUUUCGCUUCUAGCUGCUCACAGGGAUCUGAUCCAACAACGUCUCCUCGCAACUCUCCCGAACGGGUAUGAUGGCAAGAAGCCCGUGCAAAUGGAAGCGUUUGGGUCAGCAGAACCCACCGCAGAUCACUGGAUUAAUGAAGCCGUUCAGACCGCUUUGCUCAUAUUUUCAUUGGGCGUUACAUGUCCCAUCGCGUACGCACCUCCUUACCACCAUGCUGCACAGAGGUUACAAGCACAGCUCAUCCUGUAUAAGGAGCGAGCAAUUCAUCAGGGUUUAUCUGACCUGUUGAUAUGGCUUGGCAUGUUGGGUCUCCUUUGUACUGAGCAGGUUGGGAGCAGAUUGAGAGAGUGGUUUGUUGAGUUCCUCGGGACGGUAGAGCGGAAGCACAGAAUCAGAGAUGAUCUAAGGGACUGGGGACGGGUGAAGAAAGAAUCACUUGAGCCCAUUCUGUGGUCUUCCGUCGCUUGCGAUACUGCAGCCAAAUUGGCAUGGCGCGAUAUUCAGGAAGCGGCGGAUGAGACGUCUUGGAAUUGGGACAGAACAGCAUGGUCAAGUAUGCUAGGGACUAUAUGUGGAUAAAUAAUGAUGAUUGGUAUUAAUUCCUAUACCAAGAUUAGCCUGCCGGAGUUGUGCUUGGGCAUUCUCAAUGGUUCCGCCGGGGAUGAAAAAAGCAGCCCAUGACCUGUUCUAGCUCAUGCUCGGAAGUUGUAGUUGCCUGACAAAACCUGUGUCUUCUUCCAGACAUGUAAGCGUCA